AUGCCGUAUAACAAUACCCCCAUCACACCUUCGUCCGACAUCACUGGCACAGUCUCCCUCCCUCUCGCCAGAGUCAAGAAGAUCAUUCAUGCCGACGAUGACAUUGCCAACUGCUCAAAUAACGCUGCCUUCACCAUCACCGCUGCUACUGAGCUUUUCCUGCAGUACCUGGUCGAACAAACUCAAAAUGUCGUCAAAGCUGAGAAGAAGCCCAGAAGGAACAUUCAAUACAAGGACGUCGCCAGUGCAGUCGCGCGUGUAGACAAUCUCGAAUUCCUGUCCGACGUCGUGCCCAAGACUGUCAGUUACAAAGAGCACAAGGCCAGGAAGCAGAGGGAAGAGAAGGAAGCCGGCCAGAUCACACUUCCAACUGUCGCCUCUGCCGCAGCCACAACCGAGCUUCCUGCUACUGCAGCCAUUCCUGCUCAGUCCGAUCCGCUUCCUGCCCCGGUCCAGGCUCAACUUCUUGAUCCCAUGGAUGAGACUUCCUGA